GUUGCCCUCCGAAUCCCAAAACUCAAAUGGUUCAAACCCAGAGCCAACCAUAUCAAUUCUUCAUCAGCCCGCCACGUCAACCACACUUGGCACUCCCCCCCGACUGGCGCCAAAAGUGUAAACCACGGAGUUUUUCCGUCGGCGACAGCCAACCGAAAUGAAGCGGUGACGCUGACUCGCUGGUGAAGUUAUCAUUACCAGUAACGGAAACUUUGGCCGGUGAAAACUGACGUGCUGGCUUCUCUCUUCGAUGACUCCCCUUGCAUUCACUCGCGAAACUCAGAAGUUGAGCGACAAAACAGAGCUCUCAUUAACGACGUCCUGUGGUUCCUUCGACCUGCUUCUCUGGCCGAUAGAUACACUGGGUUUAGCAGAGUUGAAGGGGAAGGAAGACAGAGGGAGAACAAACGGUGCUGUUGGUCGAUUGGAGAAGGAAGAAAUUGAAAAAAUGGGAAGCGAACCUAAUGGCAGCAGUAGCGGUAACAACAGAGGAAAAAGGUUUUGGGUUGACUGUUCUCGAUAUCGAAGCCCUUGUGGUUAUUGUUCCUCGACUGAUAAAUCCAGUAUCUUACGAGGUUUUUCUGCAAACUUCAUUACUGUUGAUGACUAUCAAGAUCAUCUUGAUCGAAAUUGGCGGAGAUCUGGCUGUUUCAUCUACAAACCUGUGAUGAAAAGGACAUGCUGCCCAGGUUAUACAAUUCGUCUGAGGGCAAGUGAUUUUGUUCUCUCUAAAGAGCAACUACGAGUGCUCAAACGAAUGCAGAGGUUUUUAGAUGGCACUUUGGAUGCGAAAAAGCCCAUUGACAGAAUGGAGGAUGCAGACACUUCAAAGGGUACGCAAAACUGUGGCUAUCAUGAAGUUUCAAGCCCCACAAGCACAAAAUCCUUGUCUGUUAAAGAUGAACAAAAGGAGAAGGAACAAUCAAUUAUAAAUUCUCUCACUGAACAAAUAGACAAUGUGGUAGGCAAAUGCAUUGCAAGUGGGGAAUUUCCUUUUGGUACUCAGUUGCCCAGAGCUUCUGUCAAAAAAGUUAUAGAAGCCAAAAGGAAACUACUAGCUGAGGGAUCAGAAGAUCUUUCAUACUCUAGUAACAUCGCCUUUCAAAUAGCAGCUGCUUUAAGACGGGCACAAAUGGCAGAGAAGGAUGUGCAGAGUCUAAAAAAUUUAAAACAUAUUUCAGAAGAAAAUGGUCUAUCUCCUAAAACAAUUGCUGAAAAGUUGGCAAGUUUAAUGAAUCAACUGGGAGAAAUGGUUGGGCUUCAUAUGAGGGCAUGUAAUGGACAUAUCAACUUUUACUCUGCUGCAAGAGAUGCUUCAUUGGAUAAAGAUGUUCCAGUUGUUUCUGCAUCUGAAGAAUCUGUCACGGGCAGCAAGAGCAAAAAGAGAAAAAUUUCUGAUUGUCCUCAGCUAAAAAGGCAGAAGCUUACAAUACGUUUGAAAAGGUCCAGCUUUGAUCCAGAAGAGUUUUCAUUAUAUAGACGUUAUGAGAUAAAAGUGCAUGAUGAACCUCCAGAUUCUGUUACAGAAGACUCAUACAGGGAGUUCUUGGUUGAUACCCCUUUGGUGUUUGUUCCACCAUCUGGUGACGGUAAAGUACCCCCCUGUGGCUUUGGCUCUUUCCAUCAGCAAUAUUUGAUUGAUGACCAACUAGUUGCAGUUGGUGUAAUAGACAUCCUCCCAAGAUGUCUGUCAAGUAAAUACUUUUUCUGGGAUCCAGACUAUGCCUUUCUUUCUCUUGGAAAGUUUUCAGCACUGAAGGAAAUAGAAUGGGUGAAAGAGAAUCAAGCUCAUUGCCCUAGUCUUCAGUUCUAUUAUCUGGGUUCUUACAUACCCUCAUGCAGCAAGAUGAGAUAUAAAGCAGCAUAUCAUCCAUCGGAGCUUCUCUGUCCUCUGCGUUACCAGUAAGUUCUUGCUUAGUGCGUCCCCGGUGAAUGUUAAGUCAUGUUAUUAUCUAUUUCAUAUAUGAUUUUAAUAUACUAUAACUAAUUGAAGUUAGAUCUAUACUUUUCAUCUGGUUUUUCUAGCUUUUUCUAUUGUUCUACGUUUUUUAAGAGGGAUAAUUAGGUGGCUUUAGCCAGCUUGAAUGUGUUUGGUUCAUUAGUAAUCAUCAUUACAGAAAGUGAAAGGGGAAGAAGCUGGUGAUUUCAGUAAUUCCUUAGC